AUGGAUACUUUCUCUGUCGCUCCGAAAGCUGCCAAAGAUGAAGAACGAGCCACGAAGGGCUUGUCGGAGACACCAACUGCCACCUCUACCCUGUCUCUUCCUUUCGCCGAGCAAGCACCUUCUUCAUCCUCUCCUUUUGUAUUCUUUAAUGAAUCAUCAAUAAUCCUAUCCUAUUUGAACAGUUCACCUUCUAUCAGUCCAUCAGACCGAGACGGCGAGAGCUUACCAAUGACGACAACAGUUGGUGGUGGAUCGGAGAUUCUCAACAGCAGUAGUGGUAGUCAAUGGGUAGAAGGAAGCAGUCCUCUGAUGAUGAUUUGCAAAGGGAGGAAGACGGAGACGAUCGUUGUAGUCGGUGGUUCAGAAGAUGGCGAGAAAGGGUGCUUGGGCUGCUAUAAUAGACGAGCAACAACCAGGAAAGGAAAAUGGGGUGUUUGGGUGAUUCAGUCGAUGAAAUGGAUAGAAGGAGGGUGA